UCUUGUCACUAGCGAUGGUUCAAACAAGAAAAAAAGGUUAAAUUCCAAUAUUCUCCCCCUCUUUUUAACUCUUUUAAAAUCCUCUCCUACCAACCAAACAAGUAGCAAAAAGCGAGGAAAAACAAAAUAUUUUUCCUUCUUUAAGCAUCCAAUGGACUCAAGCACCAGUUGCAAGUCGCCAGCCCGAUUCACCCUGGGGAAGCAGUCGUCGCUUGCGCCGGACCGGGACGGCUCGGCUGGCGGACCAAUCGAGGCAGCGAUAGACCCGAGGGUGAGGCUAAUGUACAUGGCUAACGAGGGCGACUUGGAAGGGAUUAAGGAGCUGUUGGACUCUGGCACUAAUGUCAACUUCAAAGAUAUCGACGGUCGCACGGCUCUGCACGUCGCCGCUUGUCAGGGCCUUACUGACGUCGUCCAGUUGCUUCUUGAUAGCGGCGCCGACGUCGACCCCACAGAUCGCUGGGGCAGUACUCCACUUGCAGAUGCAGUUUACUAUAAGAACCAAGACGUGAUCAAGCUUUUGGAGAAGUAUGGUGCUGAACCUCCGGUAGCUCCGAUGCAUGUUCAAAAUUCUCGUGAAGUGCCAGAGUAUGAGAUUGAUCCUAGUGAGCUUGAUUUUUCUAACAGUGUCAAUAUUACUAAGGGAACAUUUCGCGUAGCAUCAUGGCGGGGCAUUAAAGUUGCUGUUAAAACACUUGGAGAGGAAGUUUUCACUGAUGAUGACAAAGUAAAGGCAUUCAGGGAUGAACUUGCAUUGCUUCAGAAGAUACGUCAUCCAAAUGUUGUUCAAUUUUUGGGUGCUGUAACCCAAAGCAGUCCAAUGAUAAUUGUUACAGAAUACUUACCUAAGGGGGAUCUUCGAGCAUAUUUGAAGCCAAAAUGCGCAUUAAAACUAACACUUGCUGUUAAGUUUGCACUUGAUAUUGCUAGGGGAAUGAAUUAUUUGCAUGAGCAUAAACCUGAAUCAAUAAUUCAUCGGGAUCUUGAGCCUUCAAAUAUACUGCGAGAUGAUUCUGGCCAUUUGAAAGUUGCAGACUUUGGUGUCAGCAAGAUGCUCAAAGUUGCAAACACAGUUAAAGAAGACAGACCUGUGACAUCUCAAGAGACUUCUUGGCAAUAUGUGGCACCAGAAGUUUACAGAAAUGAAGAAUAUGAUACUAAAGCUGAUGUGUUUUCAUUUGCUUUGAUAUUACAAGAGAUGAUUGAAGGUUUUCCACCAUUUCAUACAAAGCAAGAAAGUGAAGUCCCUAAAGCAUAUGUUGCAAAUGAGCGACCACCUUUUCGAGCUCCUGCAAAGUGCUAUGCUUAUGGGUUAAAGGAGUUAAUUGAGGAAUGUUGGCAUGAGGAGCCAUUCAAGAGACCACCAUUCAGGCAGAUAAUUACAAGGCUUGAUCACAUAAGUAACCAACUUGCACAUAAGGGGCGUUGGAAGGGAAAAUUUGUGAUGAUAAAGAGAGAAUAUCGGAAGGAUAAGUGAGAAAAGUGGGUAUCAGGAGCCCCUCCUUUUAUACAUCCAAUAUCUUUAGUCUAUCCUUCUACAUUCUUUGUAUUACCAUGUUACUUGAAUUUCGAAAGAUGAUCAGAAACAAAAAUAAGUUUUAGUUCCAGUGGACCAUGAGUACCUAGGUUGUGAAAGUUUGAGUUCGUGGUUGUCUCACUCUCUAGAGUAUGCCUUCUUCAUAUAGCCGGUCUUCGCUUUUGAGUUUUCUGGAACCAUUAGGUGGCUUUGGUGGUCUAAGCUGGUUUCGACUUUGCGUUGUCUGGAGCCUGGAGGUGGCUUGACUAUGACCGACAUGUUCUACAUUCCUAUUAUCAUUCAUAAUAUGUAUAUGCAUGUGUAUGAUUACAUCUUCUGGCUAGCUAGCUCGCUUGUUGAGUAGAGGCGGAUCCAAAUGGAUAGUAGGCUGUCCAUGAGCACCCCCAAAGAUUGAAAAAUUAAAAAAAAAAAAUUUGAAGGAAUA